AUGGCAGUCUCUCCUUUCGCUUUGCAUGUGAAUGCAUCCACCAACCGGCACUCGAUUUCUCCUAGCUUUGAUCACCUUAGAAAGUCCAUUUCCCCAGCUCUAAAGCCUAUUUGGAGAGAGUUGCAGCAACAACUGCCGUUGAACAAGAUCGAUGUAUCCAAAACUGUCAGGAAAGCUUCGGCGAUUGUUUUGGAUGUCUUGGUGGAUGGACUGUACCGGUUUGUGGAUCAACCUUAUCCGCCAUCUCAGAAGAACUUUGCACCGGUUCAAGAAAUUGGAGAAGCUGUUGAAGUUGCUUGCUUGGAAGGGCAAUUACCAGCUGAUUUCCCUGAAGGAGUAUUCAUUAGAAAUGGUCCAAAUCCUCAAUUUGGAUGUCUACAAUCCGCAGCGUCACCAUUAGGAAUAACCAAUGAAACAUGGGUAGAAGGAGAAGGAAUGCUUCAUGUGUUGUUCUUUAAGAAGACUUGUGAUUCAGAUUGGAGCAUCUCCUACAAGAACAAGUACAUCGAGUCCGAGACAUUCAAGCUUGAAAAGCAAAGAAACAAACCCUCCUUCAUCCCUGCCAUUGAAGGAGAUCCAUUAGCUGUCUUAGCUGCGGUUUCUCUGAAUCGGAUUAGACUCAAUGCUGGUAACAAGUUCUUGUGCAACACAAGUGUGUUCGAGCACUCAGGAAAGCUAUAUGCGAUAGCAGAGAAUUACUUGCCUCACGAGAUUGAUUCGCAAACCCUAGAAACAUUCGGUGUUUGGGACUUCAACGGAGAUUGGAGCCGACCUUGCACUAGCCAUCCAAAGAAAGCUCCGAGAAGUGGCGAACUUGUAAUAAUGGGGAUCGAUGUCAAGAAACCUUUCUAUGUGGUAGGAGUGGUAUCUGCUGAUGGAAAGGAACUUCUUCAUAAGGUGGAUGUCCAAAUUCCCAAAAGUGUCCUCAGCCAUGAGAUUGGCGUCACAGAAAGGUACAAUAUCAUAGUGGAUCACCCUCUUUCAUUGGAAGUAUCAAGACUCGCCAAGGGAGGCCCAUUGUUGAAGUAUGACAAAGAAGGAACAACGAGGUUAGGAGUUAUGCCACGAUACGGCGAUGCCAAAUCCAUCCGGUGGUUCGAAGUGGAAACAUGCUGCGCACUUCACAUCCUCAAUACAUUUGAGGAUGGAGGCGAGGUUGUGGUGCGGGGUUGUAGGGCCAUGACAUCCAUAUUGCCAGGUCCAGAUUGGGGUGAAAACAAGUUCGACUGGUACUCAAGAGGAUUCAAAUUGCCUCCAAAAAAGAGGGAAAAUGGCAAUGAAGAAGAAGGUUUUCUUUUUCAUUGUGUGUAUGAGUGGAGAUUGAACAUGGAAACUAGAGAGGUCAAGGAGAGAAAUCUCAGUGGCACUCACUCCUCCAUGGAUUUUCCAUUCAUCAAUGGCAAUUUCACAGGAUUGAAGAACAAGUUCGGCUUCGCUCAAGUCCUCGAUUCAGCGGCAAGUUCUAGCUGUGGACAAGCCAAGUAUGGAGGUCUGGCCAAACUAUACUUUGACAAACCACAGGAAGAAGAUUCUCAGCAGGCAGUAAAGGUUGAAUAUCACAAGUUUGCGGAGAGCAGCUUCUGUAGCGGAAGUGUGUUCGUAGCUAAAAAUGGGAGUGCCGAAGGAGAAGAUGACGAUGAUGGUUGGAUUGCAACUUUUGUUCACAGUGAAGCGUCUGACGAGACUCAAGUUCACAUAAUCGAUGCGAAGGACUUCGAAGGCGGCCCGGUGGCGAAGAUAAGAUUGCCACAAAGAGUGCCGUAUGGAUUUCAUGGCAUCUUCAUGGCCACACCUAAUCAAAGCUAA